AGGCCAGGUCCACCAGGCGGAUCUUACCUCUAGCGGGUCGCCGUGCUCCCGACGGUCUACUUCGCCUUCUUCCUGGCCUACUGUGCCCUGGCUGUGGUCUGGAUCUCGAUCUUGAUCAAGAAGAGGAGGACGGCGUUCAUGAUCCAUUACUUCAUGCUCGCCGUUGUGAUUCUGAAGGCGCUGAAUCUGAUAUGCGAGGCGGAGGACAAGUCGUACAUCGAGAGGACUGGGAGCGCCCACGGGUGGGAUGUGCUGUUCUACAUAUUCAGCUUCUUGAAGGGGAUUUCCCUCUUCACCCUGAUCGUCUUGAUCGGGACCGGGUGGUCGUUCUUGAAGCCGUACCUGCAGGACAAGGAGAAGAAGGUGCUGAUGGUUGUGAUCCCGCUGCAGAUUGUGGCGAAUAUCGCCCAGGUUGCCAUCGAUGAGUCUGGGCCUUAUGCAAGGGAUUGGGUCACUUGGAAGCAGGUUUUCCUGCUUGUCGACGUGCUCUGCUGCUGCGCUGUGUUGUUCCCGAUUGUUUGGUCCAUUAAGAACCUUCGGGAGGCUGCGAGGACCGAUGGGAAGGCUGCGGUUAAUCUGAUGAAGUUGACCCUUUUCAGGCAGUACUACAUAGUUGUGAUUUGCUACAUUUACUUCACCAGGGUGGUUGUUUACGCGCUGAUUACCAUCACUUCGUAUCGGUAUCUUUGGACCAGUGUUGUUGCUGGAGAGCUGGCGACGUUGGCUUUCUAUGUGUUUACGGGCUACAAGUUUAGGCCGGAGGUGCAUAAUCCGUACUUUGUGAUUGAUGAUGAGGAAGAGGAGGCGGCUGCCGAGGCGUUGAAGCUCGACGAUGAGUUUGAGCUGUGAGCAGCUGAUGAUGAAAUGGGCUUUCCUUGUCUCAGGGGAAGGGUGCCCAAUACAACUGCCUGAGGAUUCAGAAGAUUUGAGGUGGGAUUUAGACUUUACUUUGUUCAUCUUCUUACUUUAGCUUUUUUUCUUCUUCAUUUACUGUGUAUGUGGGUUCUCGAUACCAUCCUUAUAAGGAACUAUUAGAGUCUUGGUCUACAUUGUUCUAUAAUUUGUAUUUUUCACCUCUGUAUGUGGUUUCUUAGUUCGUAAUGGAUUUUGCUGUCAGUGGUGUUUACCUGUGAUUUAAUCUCUAUAUUGGACGUUCAUAUUUA